UCAAGAGGCUCUCCCUGCUCCGGUCCAGCCGCGCACUCCACUGUUGCUGCCAUGGUGUUCAUGCCCACUGCCUGGUGCUCUGUCGCUCUGGCCCUGCUCGUGGCCCUGCAUGAAGGGAAGGCCACCUUGGAGCAGCCAGCAUCCUCAGCCCGUGCUCGUGGUACCCAUCUGCGGCUCCGCCGCUGCUCCUGCAGCUCCUGGCUCGACAAGGAGUGCGUCUACUUCUGCCACCUGGACAUCAUCUGGGUGAACACUCCUGGACAGACAGCUCCUUACGGCUUGGGAAACCCGCCAAGACGCCGGCGCCGCUCCCUGCCAAAGCGCUGCGAGUGCUCCAGUGUUGGGGACCCUGUCUGUGCCACCUUCUGUCACCGAAGGCCCUGGACCGAAGCCGUGGUGGUCCCUGGCGGCCAGUCCCUGGCAAACACAUUCCAAACUGGCAAGACGUGGUCCACUUCAGGCAAGCUCCUACAGAGGCUCAGGGACGUUUCUGCAGCCAAGAUUCGCUUUGCUGAACAACAGCGGGACGUGACAAGGGAGCCCAGGGCCACACACUCCAGGAGCAGAAAGAGAUAGCCCCACUGCUGGGAGUGCCAAGAAGGAAGCUGUGUGACACAGAAGGAGAGGGGCCGCCCAGCGCUCAUGGGAGACCUUCGCCUGCUCCCUGGGCAUGCUCCUUGGUCCCCGCCAGCUGAGCCCCUGGGCUGGGGUUGGCACAAACCCUCUGGUGAGGAGCCUCCCUCUGAGCAUCUCCAUGCCUUCACACUGCCCAGGAAAGCUCUCAGCCACCAGGCUACAGAGCCGCCUCCUGGCGUUUGCUGUCAGCCCACAGCCCUGCUCCUGGAAAGAAUCAUGUGGAAAACACCUGAAAACUUGCACAUUGGAUCCUCCCUAUUGGACCAUGAAGCAGCAGCAGCAACCUGCAGUGGCAGAACUCAAGCCGAAGCAAUCCUACAGGCUGGAUGAGAGCCCUCAGAACCCUCUUUGCCCUCCUGGGCUCGCCCUGCCAGCAUCCUUGUGCCCUUGUUCUCUUGGGACACUCCUGGUGAGACACACUUGCCACGGUGCAUGCCUCAUCUGUCUGUACAUAACUUAUUUGCUCAGAGAACUUGGAAAACCCUGACUAUUUAUUUUAAUGUAUUUUUUAGACCCUCAUUAAUGACCUUGGGACUUGUGUUUGUAAUAAAUAAGGAAAUGGAACACUGAUAUUUUGUCUUGGCUGAACAGGGAUAGGGAGUAUCUCUCAGGAAUGGGCUGCUAGAAAGUUAGGGGGGCACAGGAAGUGGAGAAAGGGGCUGGGCAGGUGGCUCCCUCCUACCUGACUUAGCGUUUCUGCAUGUGAACUGUCCUGUCUGGGUUUUGGUCUACCCUGCACAUCAGUGGCCAACUGCAGCUAUGACUGCAGAUUUCCACUAUCUGUAUUCCAGACCAGGAGCCCAAGGCCUCUGCCAAGGGCACAUGGAAAAGAAACCCAGACCAUGGGGCAUGCAGAGCACCUUCUGCUCCAGCAGCCACAGUCCUCAGGAGAUGAAUGUGAGGCCCCAGGUUGUGUGUCUGGUGUUCAGCUUGCCCCCUGAGGGGUGGUAAGGCUGCAUAUGGCUCUGGAGGUCAACACAGGUGUUGAGGUGGAGCCACAACCUAGCCCUGACCUUGCCCUUGCCAGGGUUCCUCCAGCAGGGUCCUCCUUCAAUGUGGUACAGCAAAAAGUCCAGGACUGUCUCACUGGAUUUGCCAAUUCUGCCAAGACCAAGAAGCAGCUCCCCAGGAUUCUAGGGACAGCAUGCCACCAGGGGUGCUCCUGCUGCCUGGAUCCAACACAAAUCCAUGUGGCCCAAGCCAGCUCUCAGGGAAACUGGAUGCAUGAAGCCACACAUAUAGUGCACCUGCCCAGCUCUGUCUGCUUUGCACCUGCCUCUCAUGGAAGAACAUCAUGUUGACAUGCUCUGAGCUCCUACUGUGUACUGCUGUCACACACACUUUAUCUGGAUCGUCUCACCUCAUCUUCUGAGAUAGGGCUCUGGAUCGUCUCCCUAUUUUCAUGAUGCAAAGAGAAGCCAAGUGACCUUAUUCAGGUCACACAGCAAGCACGUGACAACCUCAGAAUCCAAAUGCAGUCCUUCCUGGCCGCAGAGCCUGGAGUGUGGAUCCACAGGACAGAACAUUAGUGACUGAGUUCCUGGAUCACCUUCAAGCAAGCUCCUCCUCUUUCUGAGUCCCAGACCCUCCAUCUGAACUCAGAAAAGAAUUCCCACUCUCCGGGUAGGGGGUAAGAGUCCUAGUAGGUCAGUGGUGGGGCUAAGCUCCUCCAAUAGCCUCUGAGGAGGCAGGCAGUUCCAUCAAACUGUCAGGGGCCUUGAUGUAAUGCAGGGGUCCAGGGAUCGAGGCAUAGUACCAGCAUGUAGAGAUGGUGGCAAAGGAAGCCCCUGGGGAGGACUCUCUGCUGCCCCAUUCCUGCACUGGGAGCACUAGGAGUAGAGUCCAGCCUGAGCAGUCCAGACUUUCUCCUGUGGACUCUUGGGCCCCCUGAUGCCUCUCUCAAGCCUGGUCACUGAGGUGGCCCUGAGGCUACCCCACCCACUACCCAUCCAGCCAUUGGCUGUUGC